CGGUAGGAACGGAAGCGCUCGCCGGCUGGGGCUUGGCGCAGUCGUCCCGCGAUGGUGGGGGGUGGCGGCAUGGGGGGCGGCCUCCUGGAGAACGCUAACCCCCUCAUCUACGAGCGCUCAGGGGAGCGGCCGGUGACGGCGGGGGAGGAGGACGAGCAGGUUCCGGACAGCAUUGACGCACGCGAGAUCUUCGAUCUUAUUCGCUCCAUCAAUGAUCCGGAGCAUCCGCUGACCCUGGAGGAGUUGAACGUGGUAGAGCAAGUCCGGGUUCAGGUCAGCGACCCCGAGAGCACAGUAGCUGUGGCCUUCACCCCCACUAUUCCGCACUGCAGCAUGGCCACCCUUAUUGGCCUGUCCAUCAAGGUCAAGCUUCUGCGGUCCCUUCCCCAGCGUUUCAAGAUGGACGUGCACAUUACUCCAGGGACCCAUGCCUCUGAGCACGCGGUGAACAAGCAGCUUGCGGAUAAGGAGCGGGUGGCGGCCGCGCUGGAGAACACGCACCUGCUGGAGGUUGUCAAUCAGUGCCUGUCAGCUCGCUCCUGAGCCUGGCUGCCGCCCGGACUUACCACCUCGCCGGCGUCUGCCCCCAGCUCUGUGCUCUUCAGUUACUGACA